UUGACGGUCUGCAGCUAAAGUUUUCUGUUAAUCAAAUACUCCGUUUUGUUUACUACUGGCUUUCGUGAGUUCGAGGUUGCUAUAAACAACAAGCUAAUAAGUUCUAAAUAUUAAAUUAAUAUUAUUUGAUUAGCUAGCUACACUUUGGAGCAAUACGUAUAAACAUGGCAUCCAGCUACAAGAAGCCCGGCGUUGCCCUGCACCAGAGGAAAAAAGCCGCUUCCAAACCUGAUCUAACCGAGGAGCAAAAGCAAGAGAUACGGGAAGCCUUUGAUCUGUUUGACACAGAUGGUUCAGGAACCAUAGAUGUCAAGGAGCUGAAGGUUGCCAUGCGGGCCCUCGGCUUUGAACCCAAGAAAGAGGAAAUAAAGAAGAUGAUCUCUGACAUUGAUAAGGAGGGAUCAGGGACUAUCGAUUUUAAUGACUUCUUGAGCAUGAUGACACAGAAAAUGAGUGAAAAAGACUCAAAAGAAGAAAUCCUUAAGGCUUUCCGCUUGUUUGAUGACGACGGCACCGGGAAAAUUUCUUUCAAAAACCUGAAAAGAGUUGCCAAAGAACUUGGAGAGAAUUUAUCGGAUGAGGAACUGCAAGAAAUGAUUGAUGAAGCAGACCGUGAUGGAGAUGGGGAAAUUAAUGAAGAAGAAUUUCUACGAAUAAUGAAGAAGACGAGUCUAUAUUAAUGAGGUGUGAAAUAAUAAUUUGGAAGGUCUUUCUUACAAUAUUAUGCACUUUGUGUUUGUAUCUGAUAUUUUAUGUAGUUUUCUAAAAAUAUUCUGUCUUUUGUACUGAUUUUUUGAAACAUUUCCUGCACUCGAGGUGAAAUUCUGAAGAUAAAUAAAAAACUUUUCUGAA